CCAAUCAGCGUCGCCGUGGAUGAAUUUCAAAAAAAGUGCCCCGCCAUGAUUGUUGUCUAACAUCAAGCUGAAGCAGGAACCGUACUUAACUUGUUUUGAUUUUUUUUACUGGACUGCCAGCAGAGUCUUUCUAUCAUUUUAUUUUUCGUUGGGAGAUAAAAGAUUCCUGAACAUGGAUUCUGCAUUCGCCCACCUGCGCCAGCGGGACACCAGCGUGUCGAUGCUGAGGGUGAAAAUGUCCCGCAGGAGAUCUCAGUCCCAGAAGGAAAACCGAGAGCGGGUGGUGAACACACGCAGGCAGCUGGCUGAGCUCCCGGAGCUGGAGAUGUCUUCCCUGGAUGCCUCCAUUGCCACGGUGAACAUUUCAAACAUUCAGGGGAAGACAUUGAACAAUGGCAAAUCUGCUAAAGACGUGGCCGGAGAAGAGCGGUUGAAACAGCUCGCGCGCUGGAAGGAGCGUAAGGCUCUUGAGAAAGAGAAGGAAAAGAGAGAACGUAAAGGGGUAUUCAAGACGGGCAUGUAUCACCCCAAGGACACCCUGACCAUUCCCUCUCUGCCCGUAGUCCCGGCUGCCUCAACCAGAGCAAAAGAAACAAAGAUGAGCUCGACUUCAUCACAGAGUGUUCGAGUCACUCGGUCGAUGAAACAGCAGCAGCAAAUUGAGAGGACAACCUUUCUACAGCCUCUGACGGUGCAAGAUCCAAAAACGCUGGCAAAAAAAGCUCAAGCUGCUCUGGACAGAACAACCAGGAGCCGCGUGGCUCCUGUCAAACGUGCACCUGCUCCGGCUACUGCCAAGAUUCACGAUCCUGCAGUGGAGCCCGCCGUGCGAGCUUUGAGGUCCAAGUCGGCCAGCAGGCCGGCGGUUACAGCAGCUCCUGUGGUGGCGAAAGACAAACCGAUGGAUGUAAGAACCACGAGAAGCCGAGCAUUCAUCAACCACGUGGCCCCCUUUUCUUACAGAGAAAACGACUGUAAAGCAGCUGUUGAGGCGGAUGUGACCAUGGAGUCGCAGGAAACGCCGCGUCCCCCCGGCCCGGCGCCCUCCUCUGAAGAGCAAAACGUGGCGGUGGAAGCUCCUGCCGUCGCGGUUGAAGAGGCCUCCUCUUUUGCUCCAAAGGGUUUUAUGUUCAAGGCUCCCGUCGGCUUGUCGUCCUUCAAGUUCGAGCCUCUCACUCCUCGCUCAGCAGACGCCUUCCUUACACCCAGCCCCAGCUUCAGCCUUCCAGAGGUCCCCGCGUUUAACCUCCAGCCCCCGGGUGAGCCGAGUGACUCCUCCCCCUCCAAGUCCCCUCGCCGCUCUCCUCCCUGCGAAGCCCCCGCGACUACAGGCAGCCCCCUGGAAUCCAAACGGGGCGUGCCGUACUUCAGGUUGGAAAUCGUGUCUGAAACCGAAGGACUGAUGACCCUGUGCGCCGACUGGGAGCCUAAAGUGGAGGAUGAGUCCAUCCCAGAAGAGAUGAGAGACCGCAUGCGUACCGCUGUGGGCCAAGCCAGGCUGCUGAUGAAGGAGCGCUUCAAGCAGUUCAGCGGGCUGGUGGAGGACUGCGAGCUGGGCCGGGGGGAGAAGAUCACCACCUGCACUGACCUGCAGGGCUUCUGGGACAUGGUGUAUUACCAGGUGGAGGAUGUCCAUAAGAAGUUCAACGCUCUUAAAGUAGCAGAGGGCCGAGGCUGGGUGGAGGAGCACGAGCCCCCACCCCCCCGACAGAGGAAAGGGGUGAAGAAACCACCGUCGGCUGCACCCGCCAAGGCGACAGGAACCAAUCAGGCCGCCAGGUCUCGCCUGGCGGCCGUGAAGGCGGCCAUGAAAGCCAAACAGCAGGCCGCCGAGGCAGAGAAGGCAGCAAAGGACGCCGGCGCUGCGGUAGAAGACGCCGGCCCGAGCUCCGAGGAGUCCGAGUCCCGAGCCGAGCCCCCAGCGACGGUGGUCUUUGACGGGGGCUUCUUCCAGGUGGAGAGCCCGGCCAAGCCGCCAGGCUCGUUGAGGAGAGCCGGCCGUCCGAGUGCUGCGGCGCUGCCUCAGACCCCCCCCUGCUCCAACUACCUCUCGCUUAGGAGGAGCACGCGGCGAUGCCUGGCACUGCCACAGACCCCCCUUCUCACCGCCGCCUCUCCCGCCCGACCCCGCCACACGCCCGCCCGCCUCACCCUGGACCAAGCGCCGGCGUCCCCGCGUGGCACUCCUCGGGCAUCCCGCCACAGGGCGAGCAACAGCUCCCUUUGUUUCUCCCCCGUCAGGGACGCGGCGGCCGUGCAGGGAGGCGCGGCUCCGGCGUUGAGCGCGCCCGCCGCCGAGCAUUCGCUUCCGUCCAUCUGUGUCGCCGAGGAGCCAGCCGGUGUGUGUGUGGACCUCCCUCGCUCCCCGUGCAGAACCCCGCAGCGCUCGUUAUCCCCGAGUUUCUCGCUGUCGCCCAGUGUGACUCCCAGCCGGCCUCCCACCUCCUCCCCCCCUGCUGUGCUGAGUCCUGAAGAGGCCCAAGAGUCUGUGUGUCUCACACCAGGCACUUUGGUUGUUGAGGAGAUUCCCGGGUUGGACUUUGAGCGUUACCUUCUGCCGUCUCAGAGAAGCAGCCUGUCCCCCGGGGGGCUGGAUGUGGAGAUGGAGAGCCCCAGAGGUCAGACAGAGGACCUGCUUACGCUGCCGGAACACGCCCUUCCAGCGGUGGGUUCAGCGCUAAACCUUCAGUCACCACAGUCGACCAUGCUUCUCUUCACCCCGGACCUGAAGGAUCGGAUCCGCCAGUCCGUCUGUCCAAGUGACCUCAUGGUCUUCACACCUCCCCUCUGAUGUGCAGCCCAGACAUUAUCUUAUACUUUUCUACAACCUUUUUACUGAUGAAAAUAUGAAAUAUAUAUGUAAGUGACAGGAAAAUGUGUAAAUAUAUUUGUGUUUACAAUUAAAGUUCUAGUUACAACAAA